CGAAAUCUCCGAUCUCCGUUAUGUCGGCGACGUCUAAAUUCAAAACCCUGACGGAGAAUUUCACCGUGAGAGUGCUUAAAGCAGAGAAUCGCGAACUGAACGUGCCUCUGCUCUCACCUUUCACUAUCGCUUCUUCACGGCUUGAUUCAGUCAAUAACGUUGCGAUUCGGAUCGAGCUCAGCGAUGGGUGUGUUGGUUGGGGAGAAGCUCCGAUUUUGCCGUCGGUAACGGCGGAGGAUCAGAUAACGGCCAUGGUAAAAGCGCGGGAAACUUGUGAGUUUCUGAGAGAGUUACCGGAGAUGAAACUUGGUAAUGCUCUUAAGGAGAUCGGAAGAUUUCUCCCUGGUCAUCAAUUUGCUUCUGUAAGAGCUGGGAUGGAGAUGGCUAUGAUUGAUGCAGCAGCUAAGAGUGUAGGAAUGCCAUUGUGGAAACUAUUUGGUGGAGCUUCAAAUGUGGGUCUAAAAGGAUGUUUGUUGGUCUAUGCUCAGAUUCCUAUAGUUUCUCCGGAGGAAGCGUCUAUUUUGGCUUCAAAGUAUAGAAAACGAGGUUUUGAAACCUUGAAGCUCAAGGUGGGGAAGAAUCUUAAGGCUGACGUAGAAGUUCUCCAGGCUAUACGUGCAGUCCAUCCUACUUGUUCCUUCAUUUUGGAUGCAAAUGAGGGUUAUCAAACAGAGGAAGCUGUUAGAGUUCUCGAGACGCUGCAUGAAAUGAAGGUUACACCGGUUCUCUUUGAACAACCCGUCCACAGAGACAAUUGGGAAGGUCUCAGUCAUGUGACUCGGACUGCAAAAAACAGAUUCGGAGUCUCUGUUGCAGCAGAUGAGAGUUGCAGAGGCUUGACUGAUCUCAAGAAAAUCAUAGAAGGUGGUAUCGUAGAUGUUGUUAACAUCAAACUCGCGAAAACCGGAAUCCUCGAGGCCCUUGAGGUAAUUGAAUUGGCUAGAUCAUCUGGAAUUGAGCUAAUGAUAGGGGGAAUGGUGGAGACUAGAUUAGCAAUGGGGUUCUCUGGUCACGUUGCUGCUGGCCUUGGAUGUUUCAGAUUCAUCGACUUGGACACUCCGCUUCUUCUGGCUGAUGAUCCAGUUCAAGGUGGCUACAAAGCUUGGGGUGCUGUCUACGAGUUUAACGAUGAAGGCGGUCACGGAGGAUAUCUUCAGUGGAAUGAUGUUGCUUAGUGAAAUUCCCUCAGUCUACUUAGGUCCCUUUUCUUUUGGUGUCAUAGUAUGUCAAUCUCAAGUUUAAUGUUGGUUUUGGGUUUUGUAAAGGCUAAUCUUGGUCCUAAAUUCUCAGUAUGUGUUAGUUGAGAGUGUAUGUAAUAUACAAGCUUUGUAAUUUCAGCCCCAGGGAGUAGCAAAUAAAUGUAGGAAAUUCAU